UGUCUUUCUUUGUCGGUGGAUUUUAUUGAACCGGAUUCCGGCAUGAACCCUGCAGAAGCGGCCGAGGAGGCGCCCAGCGACCCCGACACUGAUGCCUUCUACAAAACAGGGUCACUAAGGACCGAAGGCAUCAAGGCAUCUGAUGUACUUCCUGUGCUGAAGGAGAAAGUUGCCUUUGUGUCAGGUGGGCGAGAUAAAAGAGGAGGACCAAUCCUGACGUUUCCUGCCAGGAGUAACCACGACCGAAUAAAACAAGAAGACCUGAGGAGGCUGGUAACCUACCUGUCUACUGUUCCCAGCGAGGACGUAUGUAAACGUGGUUUUACUGUCAUCAUCGACAUGCGUGGGUCUAAGUGGGAACUGAUCAAGCCUCUGCUGAAGACACUGCAGGAGUUUUUCCCAGCUGAGAUCUGUGUGGCGCUCAUCAUCAAACCGGACAACUUCUGGCAGAAACAGAAAACAAACUUUGGCAGUGCAAAGUUUUCCUUUGAGACCAGCAUGGUGUCAGUUGAAGGUCUGGCCAAACUGGUGGAUCCCUCCCAGCUGACGGACGACUUUGAGGGCUCUUUGGACUACAACCAUGAGGAGUGGAUGGAGCUGAGAGUCUCCCUGGAGGAGUUCAUGUCCAAUGCUGUUCACCUGCUGUCUAGACUGGAGGACCUGCAGGAGCUUCUGUCGAAGAAGGAGUUUCCUGCAGAUGUGGAGGGAUCGCGUCGGUUGAUAGAGGAGCACACACAGCUGAAGAAAAAGGUGCUGAAGGCUCCAGUGGAGGAGUUGGACCGGGAAGGCCAGAGGUUGCUGCAGUGUAUCCGAUCUAGUGAUGGUUUUUCAGGGAGGAACUGCAUCUCUGGCUCUGCUGACUUUCAGAGCCUGGUGCCCAAGGUGGCCAGUCUGCUGGAUAAACUCCACUCCACGAGGCAGCAUCUCCAUCAAAUGUGGCACGUCAGGAAGCUGAAGCUGGACCAGUGCUUUCAGCUCCGCCUCUUCGAACAGGACGCCGAGAAGAUGUUUGACUGGAUCAGCCACAACAAGGAAGUGUUCCUGCAGAGCCACACUGAGAUCGGCCGAGGGUACCAACAUGCUGUGGAGCUGCAGACUCAACACAACCACUUUGCCAUGAACUCCAUGAAUGCCUAUGUAAACAUCAACAGAAUCAUGUCAGUGGCGAGCCGACUGGCUGAGGCCAGUCACUACGCCUCCACGCAGAUAAAACAGAUCUCAGGUCAGCUGGAUCAGGACUGGAAAAGUUUUGCUGCUGCACUCGACGAGCGCUCCACCAUCCUCGCCAUGUCAUCUGUCUUUCACCAGAAGGCUGAACAGUUCCUGUCGGAGGUGGAGGCCUGGUGUAAAGUCUGCAGUGAGGGAGGGUUACCAUCUGAGAUGCAGGAGCUGGAGCUCGCCAUCCAUCGCCACCAGAGCCUGUACGAGCAGGUCACCCAGGCUUACACCGAGGUAAGUCAGGAUGGUAAAGCCCUAUUGGAUGUCCUCCAGAGGCCUCUUAGUCCCGGCAACUCUGAUUCGCUGACAGCCACUGCCAAUUACUCCAAAGCGGUUCACUGCAUCUUGGAUGUGGUUCACGAGGUUCUCCACCAUCAGCGGCGUCUGGAGAAUAUUUGGCAGCAUCGAAAGGUCCGACUGCACCAGAGGCUGCAGCUGUGUGUGUUCCAGCAAGAUGUCCAGCAGGUGAUGGACUGGAUAGAAAACCACGGUGAGGCUUUCCUCAGCAAACACACUGGUGUAGGGAAAUCCCUCCACAGAGCCCGAGCCCUGCAGAAGAGACAUGAUGACUUUGAAGACGUAGCUCAGAACACAUACACUAAUGCAGACAAGCUGCUGGAGGCUGCUGAGCAGCUGGCUCAGACCGGAGAGUGCGAUCCAGAGGAAAUCUACAAGGCAGCCAGACACCUGGAAGUCCGAAUCCAGGACUUCGUCCGGCGAGUCGAGCACAGGAAGCUGCUGCUCGACAUGUCUGUCUCCUUCCACACACACACCAAGGAGCUGUGGUCAUGGAUGGAGGAGCUGCAGAAGCAGCUCUUGGACGACGUGUGCUGCGACUCGGUGGAUUCAGUUCAGACUCUGAUCCAGCAGUUUCAGCAGCAGCAGACGGCCACCCUGGAGGCAACACUCAAUGUGAUUAAAGAGGGAGAGGAAUUAAUACAGCAGCUCAGAGACGCAGCCAUGUCGACCAAUAAGACGCCGCACUGCAGCUCCAUUGCACACAUCCAGGGCGUGCUGCAGCAGCUGGACGAGGCUCAAGGCCAGAUGGAGGAGCUGUUUCACGAACGCAAAAUCAAACUCGACAUCUUUCUCCAGUUACGCAUCUUUGAGCAGUAUACUAUAGAGGUCACAGCGGAGUUGGACGCUUGGAACGAGGAUCUGUCUCGUCAGUUGAACGACGCCAGCCGUGCGGGCGGCAGUAGCGGCAGCGGCACGUCCUCUGGCAGCGCGGAGGACAUCGGCCUGGCAGAGCAGCGGCUGAAACGACACGCAGAGAGGAAGGCAGCCAUGAACAAUAUGACCUAUGAAGUGAUGCAGCAGGGUCAAGACCUGCACCAGUACAUUAUGGAGGUUCAGGCUUCAGGGAUCGAACUGACGGGGGAGAAGGACAUGGAUUUGGCCUCUCAGGUUCAGGAGCUGCUGGAGUUCCUCCAUGAGAAGCAGCAGGAGGUGGAGCUGAAUGCGCAGCACACGCACACGCGGCUGGAGCAGACUCUGCAGCUACGCCAUCUACAGGCCGAGGUUAAACAGGUGUUGGGUUGGAUUCGUAACGGUGAGUCCAUGUUGAAUGCCAGCAUGGUGAAUGCCAGCUCCCUGUCUGAGGCUGAGCAGCUGCAGAGGGAACAUGAACAGUUCCAGAUGGCUAUAGAGUCUCUCUUCCAUGCUAACUCUCUUCAGAAGACACAUCAAAGUGCUCUGCAGGUCCAGCAAAAAGCUGAGAUGAUGCUACAGGCAGGUCACUAUGAUCCGGAGGCAAUUCGAAGCUGUGCUGAGAAAGUGGCCGUCCAUUGGCAGCAGUUGAUGCUGAAGAUGGAGGACCGCCUGAAGCUUGUAAAUGCCUCUGUGGCCUUUUACAAGACAUCUGAACAGGUGUGCAGUGUGUUGGAGAGCCUGGAGCAGGAGUACCGUCGGGAUGAAGACUGGUGUGGCAGUCACGAUAAACUGGGAACCUCUGCCGACAGUGACCACCUUCUGCCUCUGAUCAGUAAACACCUGGAGCAGAAGGAAGCCUUCCUCAAGGCAUGCACUCUGGCCCGGAGGAAUGCUGAGGUGUUUCUGAAGUACAUUCACAGGAACAAUGUGAGCAUGCCCGGAGCUGCCAGUCACACCAGAGGGCCUGAACAACAAGUUAAAGCAAUUCUGAAUGAGCUGCUGCAGAGGGAGAACAGAGUCCUUCACUUCUGGACGUUAAAGAAACGAAGGCUGGACCAGUGUCAGCAGUAUCUGGUGUUUGAACGCAGUGCCAAACAGGCACUUGAUUGGAUCCAGGAGACAGGUGAGGUUUACCUGGCUACACACACAUCACCUGGUGACAGCAGUGAGGAAACGCAGGAGCUCCUCAACGACUACCAUCACUUCAGACUCACUGCAAAGCAAACCAAGGAGAAGGUAAAGCUGCUGAUCCAGCUGGCGGACAACCUGGUGGAGAAAGGCCACGCCCACGUGUCAGAGCUGAAGCGAUGGGUGAGCACGGUGGACCGCAGGUACCGCGACUUCUCCUUACGCAUGGCCAAAUACCAGGAGAGCCUAGAAAGGAGCCUGGGGGUCAGCUCUGAGGACAAUAAAGACUUGGAGUUGGACAUUAUCCCCGCCAGCCUGACGGACGACCCCGAGGUCAAACUGCGUGACCCCAACCACGAGGUCAACGAGGAGAAGAGGAAGUCUGCCAGGAAGAAAGAGUUCAUCAUGGCGGAGCUACUGCAGACAGAGAAGACCUAUGUCAGAGAUCUCCAAGAAUGUUUAGAGACCUACCUAUGGGAGAUGACCAGCAGCAUGGAGGAGAUUCCUCCAGGCAUCGCCAACAAGGAGCACAUUAUCUUUGGCAACAUGCAGGAGAUCUAUGACUUCCACAACAAUAUUUUCCUGAAGGAGCUUGUGAACUAUGAGCAGCUACCAGAGGAUGUUGGUCACUGCUUCGUCACCUGGGCGGAUAAGUUCCACAUUUACGUGGACUACUGUAAGAAUAAACCAGACUCCAGUCAGCUCAUACUGGAGCACGCCGGCACCUUCUUUGACGACAUUCAGCAGAGACGUGGACUGGCUAACUCCAUCUCCUCCUACCUCAUCAAACCAGUCCAGAGGAUCACCAAGUACCAACUACUGCUUAAGGAGUUAUUGUCUUGCUGUGAGGAGGGUAAAGGGGAGAUUAAAGAUGGUUUGGAGGUGAUGCUCAGUGUUCCUAAGAGAGCUAAUGAUGCUAUGCAUCUCGCCAUGUUGGAGGGCUUUGAGGAGAACCUGGAGGUGCAGGGCGAGCUGAUCCUGCAGGACAGUUUCCAGGUUUGGGAUCCACGCUCGCUAAUCAGGAAGGGAAGGGACCGACACCUCUUCCUGUUUGAGUUCUCCCUGGUCUUCAGCAAAGAGAUCAAAGACUCAGCUGGCAGAACCAAGUAUCAGUACAAGAACAGACUACUGACAUCAGAGUUGGGGGUGACUGAGCACAUUGAGGGAGACCCGUGUAAAUUUGCUCUGUGGGCAGGAAGAACCCCUUCCUCUGAUAAUAAAACUGUGCUAAAAGCGUCCAGUAUGGAAGCUAAACAGGAGUGGAUUAAAAACAUCAGGGAGGUGAUCCAGGAGAGGAUGACUCACCUGAAGGGGGCACUCAAGGAGCCUGUUCAUCUGCCUAAAACACCAGCACUGACCAAACCCAGGAAUAACACAAAGAGGGAGGGAGGUGAAGAUGGAGACAGUCAGGGAGAUGGCAGCAGCCAACCAGAUACCAUCUCCAUCGCAUCCAGGACGUCCCAGAACACUGUAGACAGCGACAAGCUCUCUGGUGGUUGUGAGUUGACAGUCGUCCUUCAGGACUUCACAGCAGGAUGCAGCACAGAGAUGUCUGUCACCACAGGUCAGACGGUCGAGCUGUUGGAGCGGCCAAGCGAGCGGCCCGGCUGGUGUCUGGUCCGGACCACCGACCGCAGCCCGCCACAGGAAGGACUGGUUCCCAGCUCUGCACUCUGCGUGUCCCACUCACGCUCCAGCGUGGAGAUGGACUGUUUCUUCAGCUCGGGAAAAGAAAACUUUCCUGUCAGCGGCUCUGAUGGGAAAACCGAGUCAGUGGCGAACCUUCAGCCGCAGCCAUCCCUCAGCUCACUGCAGUCCAGCUCUCCUGGUCCCAAGCGCUCUGGAAACACUCUGAGAAAAUGGCUGACGAGUCCGGUCCGCCGCCUCAGUCACGGCAGCUCCGUCAAGAAACUCCCCAAUAACAAACAGAAGAAGACUGGACCAGGCACUGGAAGAGAGGAAAACAGGAGGAGUGUUGACCUGGGACAGCCUGACCUUGCCCUGCAGGAGGACAUUGUUGAUGAGAGAGUCCUCAGUAAGGAUGGUAACCUCCUCUCUAAGACGUCCUCCGGGAUGCAGAGCGGCGGGGAGGAGGAGCAGGAUGAGGAGGCCCACACUCCCCUGCCUCCCCCCAUGGAGAUCAUCAAGGACCCCUCAGCUCAGGAUGACAAGUCUUCAUCCUUGCUAACGUCUCUGCAGUCGUCCUCUGAGGUGCCCAGCGCUGCAGAGCUGGUUAGCGCCAUAGAAAAACUGGUUAAAACCAAGAUGACUCUGGAACCAGGAGCCUACCCCGGUUUCUCCUCUCUCUCUCCACCAGAGCAAACCACUCCCGUCCAGCCACGAAACCCUGAGCUGGAGCAGAGAGCCAAAGCUAUGAGGGGACGAAUGUUCGUUCUGAACGAGCUGAUACAGACAGAGAAGGACUACGUCAAAGACCUGGGCAUCGUGGUGGAGGGCUUCAUGAAGAGAAUCGAGGAGAAGGGCGUCCCUGACGACAUGAAAGGAAAAGACAAAAUCGUCUUCGGGAACAUCCACCAGAUCUACGACUGGCACAGAGAUUUCUUCGUAGGAGAGCUGGAGAAAUGUCUGGAAGACCACGAACACCUUCCUGAGCUCUUCAUCAAACACGAAAGAAGACUCCACAUGUACGUGGUUUAUUGUCAGAAUAAGCCUAAGUCAGAGUUCAUCGUCGCAGAAUACGACACAUAUUUUGAUGGAAUCCAGCAGGACAUCCAGUCCAGGCUGACCAUCAGUGACUUCCUCAUCAAACCAAUCCAGAGAAUCACCAAAUACCAGCUGCUCCUGAAGGACUUUCUGAAGUACAGCUCCAAGGCAGGAAUGGACUGCGAACAAAUUGAGAAAGCAGUAGAUUUGAUGUCUCAGGUCCCUAAACUGUGUAACGACAUGAUGAAUCUGGGUCGGCUGCAGGGAUACGAGGGUAAACUGACCAGUCAGGGAAAACUGCUGCAGCAGGAAACCUUCUUUGUGACGGAGCAGGACGCUGGCGUCCUGUCGCGCUCCAAAGAGCGACGGGUUUUCCUCUUUGAGCAGAUCGUCAUCUUCAGUGAGCUGCUCAGGAAAGGCUCGUCCACGCCCGGAUACCAGUUCAAGAAGAGCAUCAAGGUAUCCUACCUGGGUCUGGAGGACAGCGUGGAUAACGAUCCCUGUAAGUUCGUCUUGUCAUGCCGCGGCUCAUCGGAGCGUCUCACCCUGCAGGCAGCCAACGUGGACAUCAAGCAGAUAUGGGUCCGACACAUCCAGGAAGUUCUGGACGCUCAGAGUAACUUCCUGUCUGCUCUUCAGUCUCCUAUUGAGUACCAGAAGGAGAAGGGCGGAGCAGGCAGCGGCUCGUCACUGUCCAGGAACCGCUCGUCCUCUGGGAACCGGCCCAGUAUGUCCUCUCACAGCCGGCCGUCCUCUGCAGUCGGGCUUGGUGACAAGGAGACGGAGAGGGGGAGGAGCCAGAUGAAAGUGUCUACCUCCAACGGUGGUUCGUCAUGUUUCGACUCCAGGGACAGUGACGGCGGCUGUAAUGGCGUCUCCUCCACCAUGCUGGUCACUCAGGACUACUCGGCGCUCAAGGAGAACGAGAUCUGUGUCAGUCAGGGAGAGACCGUCCAAAUCCUGGCCACCAAUCAGCAGAACAUGUACCUUGUUUACCGACCAGCCAACAGCCAGUCACCUGCCGCUGAGGGCUGGGUGCCGGGACACGUCUUGGGCCCAGCCACAAAGUCCAUAAGAGACUCUUCUUCUGCUUCCUCCUUCUCAGCGGCGGUGGCAGAUGCCAACAACAUCAAGAAGUCUCUGUCGUGGAACACGCUGCGUGCCAGGAAGCGCGCUGAAGCCAAGGACGCCACCUCAAUGGGGGUCAGAGGUCAUGAGAACGGCCUCUUCCGUAAGCCCAAAGAAACCACACCCACCCCUCCCCUGCUCACCUCCCCCGCCACCGGGGUAAAGGGCAAAGACGUUCACACUUCAGAUGAGUCAGACUGUGAUGAUGACCUUGACCCAAAGACAGGCAUGGAGCUUCUCAACCCAAACUUCAUCCAGGAAGUGGCUCCAGAGUUCCUCGUCCCUCUGUCAGACGUGGUGUGUGCAUUCGGGGAGACUGUAGUCCUCUGCUGUAAAGUCUGUGGACGACCCAAACCCUCCGUCACCCUGAAGGGCCCCGACCAGAACCCAGUGACCAGCAACAGCCGCUUCACCAUAGACAUCAGGGACACAGGUGACAUCUUGUUAAAGAUCUGCAAUCUGAUGCCUCAGGAUACAGGGAUCUACACCUGUGUUGCCGUUAACGACCACGGCUCUGCCUCCUCCUCUGCCUCCAUUAAAGUGCAAGGUAUCCCAGCGGCCCCAGGGCGGCCAGUGGCUCAGGAGGCCAGCAACACAGCGGUGAUGGUCCACUGGCCACCUCCGGCUUCAUCCGCUCACUGUGCAGUCAGCAGCUACACUGUGGAGUACAGACAGGAGGACUCGUUGCUAUGGCAGCAGGUGGCCAGCAGCAGGGAGGAGUGUGUUCAGAUCGAUGCUCUGAUCCCCGGUGGUCACUACCAGUUCAGAGUGCGAGCCUCCAACCGCUGGGGGGUCGGCCCUCCAUCUGAGCCCUCCAAUAUGGUGACACUGCCCAGCAGCAACGCUGGAUAUGAUGGAACAGGAAUCCAGUGGAAAGAAAACUUUGACUCAACUUUUUCUGAGAUCUGUGAGAUCGGAAGGGGACGAUUUUCUGUGGUGAGAAAGUGUCUCAACAAGUCUACAAAGAAAGAGGUUGCAGUGAAGUUCGUGAGUAAGAAGAUGCAGAAGAAGGAGCAGGUGGCUCACGAGGCGGACAUCCUCCGACACGUGCAGAAUCCCCAGCUGGUGGCGCUGUUGGACACAUAUGAGUCUCCCACCUCUCUGAUGCUGGUCCUGGAGCUGCUGGAGGACGGUCGUCUGCUCGACUACCUCGUCGCCCACGAUGAGCUGAUGGAGGAGAAGGUGGCAUUCUUCAUCCGAGAAACACUGGAGGCCCUGCAGCACCUUCAUACCUGCAGAGUGGCACACCUUGAUCUGAAGCCUGAGAACAUCAUGGUGGACCUUCACUCUCCCACCCCCUGCAUUAAACUCAUCGACCUUGGCGAUGCUGUCCAGCUGUCCGCCCACCGUCGUUACGUCCACCUCCUGCUUGGAAACCCAGAGUUUGCGGCGCCUGAGCUCAUCCGUGGGACGCCGGUCUCGGUCGCCACGGACGUGUGGAGCAUUGGCGUGCUGGCUUACGUGAUGCUCAGCGGCGUCUCCCCGUUCCUGGAUGAAUCGCCAGAGGAAACUUGCGUCAACAUCUGCCGCCUGGACUUCUGCUUCCCGGACGAAUACUUCCGCGACGUGAGCCAGGCGGCGCGGGACUUCGUGUCCUCAGUGCUGCAGCAGGACCAAAGGAAGAGGCCAAGCGCUACCUCCUGUCUGCAGCACCCGUGGGUGGGCCGUGGGGGUGCACAUGGCGGGGAAUACUCCAAGACGCCCCUGGACACCACGCGUUUGGCCACGUUCAUCGACCGAAGAAGACAGCUGCACGACGUUAGGCCCAUCACCAAUAUCAAAGGGCUGGUGAGCAGCAGCAUGGGCAACACACUGUGACUCAGAGGAGAUCUGAGUGUUUGAACACCCAGUAAUAAUCUAUCUGUGACCACCAGGGUACCAAUAAUAACAUCACAGUAUAUUUUAAGCAUUAAAUUAUCUUUAGAAAUUAUUAAUGUGUGAGUGGGAAAAUAAUUUGGCGCCUGUGGUGUGAGAAUUAAUCUGGCACCUCCACACCAAACCUAUACCAAACACCAAACCUAUAAGCAGAAAAAAAGAAAAUCAGUAUUUAAUAUCAGACCAACAUUUUAUCUGGUCUCUGUUCGCUUGGUAUAAAACAUUACAUACUGCCUAGAUUCCCCGUAUGAACCCAAAGAACUAGCUCAAAAUUGAGAACAUGACCACUGUGAGCAAGUGUGAUGGCAACAUAUUUGGUUCUAUUCACAUUAAAAUGUUUAUUUUUACAGGGAAAGAAAUAUAUUUAUCAAAGACAACAGCUCCUUAUGUUAAUCCCAGCAGGGAGCAGCACUUAUUCUUUCUUAUCUUUCUUUAAUAAUCUUAUUUUAUCAUCUCUAAUCUUAUCUUUACUUAGAUCUGCAGAAGGUUGUUCCAUUUUCACCUGAGACACAGUGCUCUUGCUCAGGGACACUUGCAUCUGCACCAACAUGGAGCAUAUUACCACCCACGCUCAGUGAUUAAGGCCAAUACAACUGACCAUAUUAAAAUGUUUUGUAAGGCUUUUUGGCCACUAGAGGGCACUCUGAUAUACUAAACCAGAGUCACAGAAACCUGACGUUGAGUUUGCCUGACCAGCAACUGAUAUCAAAGAAUUGGUCCAUAGCAAAAAUCCUUAUAAACUGUGACAAAUGUGCUGAUAAUGUGUUUUAGAUCAUCUCAUUAGAGCUAAAUUAAGAUAAUCAGGAACUCUAGUUGAGGAUUAAAGAGUUUGAUCAGUGUCAGAGGAAAUCAGACUGAUCACAACCAAGAUAUGUGUUGGAGUAGUUAGAAGACUUACAUCCUUUAACGUUGGUUUUGAAUCGUUGGGUGCUCGGUGAGUUGAGCACGGCCAGUGUUCAGUGUCUUGCUCAACAGUACUGACAAGAUUUUCAGCCUUUGGCACCUGAACCUGGGGCUGUCAGUGCAUGUAACCAGACUGUAGCUUCAGGGACAAAAAAAGAAUGUUAAUUAGGAGAAGCAGGUUUGGGAACCAGUGUGAAGGGGAAUUCCAGCAAAACCAUGAAGAAUGUUGUAGAAAACAUCGUGACGAAUGUCUGCGUUUCAUUCAUGAGGACUCGGAUAUUUGACGUGAUGAGAGACGGUCGGUCCAGGGCCGCUGUUAAAAGCAGACAUUUCAGUGAGUAGCAAGAAUGUUUAGCCAGUUGUGGUGUUGACACAAGUCCUCGCCAUCACUAACUGAAAUAGUGUAAUCAGAUGUCAGUUUGGCCACUGGUUAGAGGAGUUAGAGUUAGCAGUGAGCAAGAAACCUGGACUUAAAGGGAUAUUUUACUUCUUAUCCAUUUGGUGCGAAGCAUAAAGGACUGCUCAUGUCGCCACAGAAGAUUCCAGAAGGUCCAACUGUCACCUGAAGCUGGGAUCUAAACCACCAACGUUGGAAGUUACUUUGGACUGGAUGCGACAGCGUUGAACCUUGCUAUGAUAUACAGUACCUUUAACUUAUUGAAUGUUUAUUUAUUGCAGGACUGCGGUUAACAUUGGCGUCAUGUUAGAUGGUGACCUGGACCGGUCUGGUCUGUGCAAAGUGGAGCUGACGCAAGGCGGUUUAAUCAAACCCAGAUACGCUGAGCUGGACUGAGUUCACUGAGCAGUCGCUUCAUUGUGCAGCUGCAGAGUUACGUUCUGAAGAGUGUGAAGAAGUGAACUACUUUGAGUUUGAAUCAAACUGCUGACUGAUCUAUACUGAACUGUGCUGGAUGGAACCGCCAUGAAAAACAAUGGAAUGGAAGGUUUGAAUGGGCCAGUGGCAUCACUUGCAGGAAGGUGAGCAAGUUGUCCUUCUGCAGAAAAAAUCCGAGCACUACUGGUCUGGCAGAAUUUCACAGAAAAGGCACCAUGGAGACUGAAAGCGUUACUAAAGGACACAUCAUUUGUUCGUAUCACUGUUUACAAAAACUUGCUUAGGUAGUUUACAGAGCUGUAGAAUAAUCAGGGAAAACCUGCAUGUAAAAUCACCAGGGACGGUUUAGAAAUCAGGUUAGAAAUCUGUCUGUUUCUAGAACAAAAACCUGUGACAUUUGGUGUGAAGGUGGAUAAUGAACUCCACCCUGAAGCUUUUUUGUUUGUACAUUUGUCUACCAGCCGCUGUGGCAAAUCAUUCGUUCGGCUUGUAAAAUAGCUCACGUAGCUGCUGAGUUGGUCUUGGAUUUAGCAGUGGCUGUGGCUGGCAGACAGAAGAGUCUGUUUACUGUCCUGUUUCUAUUGAUGAAUGUAAUUUCUUGUAGAAUGUGUUCUGCCAUUACAAGUGCUGUCCUCUGCUUUCACCAAAUGCUCUCACAGCGGCCCGACCCCCGGCAAUUUUCAUCCCCAGUUCCCCUGUAAGCAUUUAGUGUACUACAAUAGUAAGCAUUUAUUUUCAUGCAGGUGGGGAGGCAGAAUGGUGCAAAUGUAAGCAACCCACUGUACAGUAGAAGCAGCUUUCACCUCGUCUAGUGCAACAACAUCCAUCCACAUCCGUUAUCUGAUCAACAUGGCAGCAUUUCAGCCUGAAACCCUAAUAACAAGGACUGGCACUGGUCAUUUAUAGCAGGUGUUUGUCAGAGUUUGUGGGAAAAGCUCCAAGGAGGAGCCAUUCAGGAGUCAUUCAACUCAGCUUGUGUUGAAUGAUUAAAAACUAAGACAUGAAAAGUGCUUACAGUUAACAGCAGAUCAUACAUACCCACCUGGCCUUUAGUACAGAGAUCCAAAGUGCUCAAUAUUAUAAAUAAUUAAAUCAGUCAGUAAGUCAAACAAAUAUUCUUUUAAAUAAAUACAAAUUGUGUAAUUUAAUUAUGAAAUAAAUCAGUUUCUCGGUUUCAUAUAACAAAUGCAAACAUGUAGAAGUACAAAGAAGUAAUAUAUAGUUGGGUGAAAUAAAAAAUUCACGUAAAAGAAAAACUCAUAAUACCUGUUACAAUAAAGAUAGAAGACAUGGACAUGGCAGCAGAAAUAGUGGCAUUAGCUGCAUAGAAUUAUUAUUGUUAGAAUAAUUCUGUAUAAUAAUGUAUUGCAUUUUUUCUGUACCUAUUUAUAUGAUACAUGGUCUGUAAUGUCUUCUUUCUUUGUUUAAUAUUGAGCACUUUGGGCAUCCAUUACUUUGAAACCUCAGCCACUGAAAUGCUCUCGUUAGCAGGGAAAUUGAGAUUUAUAUCUCUUCACUGGAACGUUGCCUAGAUAACACAAAAACAGCCAGUUACACCACACCGGUGCAGAACUGUGCAGCCAACAUGGCCGCCAGAGAAAACCUGUAAUCACUGAACUCUCAUUUCCUUCAACAGAAAAACUGUUUUUAUGAUGAUGAUACAACAACAAAGUGGAAUAACGCUAAAGUUUUACAGUCCUCAUCCGCUGUCACUGACGAUUGAAGGUAACCCUGAAUGUCCACAAACAAAAGUAUAUUUUUGGUUUAUAAAGAAGAGCAACGCUGAGGAUGAAGACCAGAUCGUGAGGCCUCAGGACCACAGCUUCGGUCCCACAUGACACAAGUGUAUUAUCUGUCAAAGAGCCUGAGCCCUCCAUCCACUGUGCUCUGUGUUAUAGUAUCAGCCUAGCACUCAGGGUCUUCAUGACGUAUAAGGUACAACCCAGUCUUAAAACACACAACAUAUACAACAAUUCCCCAGAAUAUUUCUGCUCUACUGAGGUCGCCGUUUCUGUCAGAGAUUUUUUUUUUUCUUUUUGUUUUCAAUCACAAUCUCUCCAAACGCUUUCCAGUCCGCCCCUCUGGAUUUUAAAUGCUGCCCAGUUGACAUCUUGUAAAUUGAGAAUGGAAAUAUUAAAAUCUGAUAUUUCAGUCGUAGUGUACAGUGUGUAAAGUACUAGUUCUGUCUAAAUCCAGCACAGCUCCACGUUCUGGUUUGCUUUAGCUCUUUUAACCCAGGUUUGAGCUGCACAGCAGCAGAGGCUGGGCUUUCACCCUCUGAAGAACGGCGCUGAGCUGUGGGUUGUCUAAACCACAAGAAAUUCAACAACAAAGAACGUUCCAAUAAAUCGGGCACUGAAUCAUAUCACCAGUGAGUGAGACAAAACCACGUCUUCACUGAUGUUGUCCAGUACAAUAAACCAGUGGUUGUAUUGCUCCUGAAAGCCUGGGACAGCCCUAAUUUGUCCUCAGGUGUACCACUGCAACCUACACUCACCUUGAAGCUUUCCCCUUGACUGUGGUGAAGUAAAGAGGAAAGUCAGUUAAUUAUUUUGUGUUGAGUAAUCUGCUCGAUUGGCAUCUGUCUUUAUCUGUUUGGAAUAUGUGGAUCAUAUCCUAAUAAACUGUAGACAUUAUUAAUAUAAACAUAUAGAUGUAAAUGCACCCAAGCUCCAUCAUUAAUGACAACCAAACCUCCUCCCAGUACAUUUUUCUGGCAGGAGGUUUGUUGGUCAAUGCUACCUUUCAGAAUCACCCACAGACCAGAAAACAUGUAACGAUGCCAGGAAAUUACAAACCUGCAUGUCUGGGUCAGAGGUCACCGCUUUUUUAAACCUUACCGCCUAACAGGCGUCUUCUUCUGCAGACAGACCCUCAGUUCUUCUUCUCCAAAGAGUUAAACGUCAGGCUGACACUCCCAGUGUCGAUUCAGUCCCAGUCCCACAAUGCAUCUGUCAUGGCUUGGUGAGCCACGUAGCACCGUGGUGGCUCCGCCUUGUUGAAUGCUCGUCCAUGCCGUAUCCUGAUCGUGUUCAUGCCGAGCUUUGUCCAUAGAGAAACGUUAUGCUGAUGGCUUCAUGCUGCUGUGUGGAGCAGCACACUGUA